CCCGCGCCUCCAUCCCCGCGCCCCCACACCCCGCGCAACCGUAGCUCCAAUACUAGCUAGCGCGUCGUCCAAUCUGACCGCCCGCGUCUCUCUCUCCGACCGCUGGCUCCCUUCUCGUUGCUUGACUGUCGGUCCGAGGUCGGCUCCGAGGCCUGCAUGAGCACAAAGCGUGCAGUGACGUGAAUCGAGCUGGUCAGAAUUCGGACUGCGCAGCGUCCAGUUCUGCAGUUCUUGCCUCGGCGUCGGACGCCUUGCGAGGGCGGCAUCAGCGUCGUGCGUCGAUUCGAGGUCGAGUCCGGGGCCGGACAAUACAAGUGGCAGCAGCCCGUCGAGGUACUGUCAUUGAUGGUUCUCUGAAAUCGGAGUCUGCUGCUCGACGAAGGCUUCGGGUGUGCGAUGCUGUGGUAGUCUUGGAGAAUUGCGGAAGGUUAAGCUCGCUCGUUCUCCCGGAGAAGGUCCCGGUCGUCGUCCCAGGUUGCAGUUUGGGUAUACGAUGGACGCUGCAGCAGCGGCCAGGUGUUGCGCCUUGCCUCUUCCGAAUGUCGCCCUCAGCGUCGCAGGUUGGACAGCCAGAGUUCGGACUCGAAGCUUCGUGCCUGAAUUCGGCAGUAAGAAAUUCAUGACAGGAAAGGCUCUGCACGUCGGCCGCUCGACGACGACGCACCCGCCGCGCGAAGGUUGUUACGACCACUCUGCGCGCGCUGGACUUGUGGACGGUCUGGUGGACGAGCUCCUCAAGAUCAGCAAGGCAGGUGGGAGCAUGGUUCUCAGCAACUCGACUCUUGCUGAACCCAUUCGUCAAAUCAGCGGAGGAAUGGCUCUUCUUCCUUCUCACAGUGAAUCAGUUCUUCGUGGCAUUUUGGCCGUCGUCUCGCGUCCUGGAACCCUUGAGAAGCCCGUUCUGACGGAUUCUGUCACACAAGGACGAAUGAUGGAGAAUCUCCUCCUGUAUCGCCAAACUUUUGUCAUUCGGUCCUACGAAGUUGGAGCUGACAAAACUGCGUCCAUCGAGACACUGAUGAAUCUGUUUCAGGAGACAGCUUUAAAUCAUGUGCGUUUGUCCGGAAUUGAAGGAGAUGGAUUCGGUACUACGAAAGCCAUGGUUCGGAAUGGGCUGAUCUGGGUUGUCAAUCGUAUGCACGUGGAAGUGGAAUCCUACCCUGCCUGGGGUGACAUCGUCGAGGUCGACUCAUGGGUUGCUUCGUCUGGCAAAAACGGCAUGCGCCGCGACUGGAUGUUGCGUGACGUGAAGACAGGCCAGAUUCUAGCGCGGGCCACGAGCACUUGGGUUAUGAUGCACCAGCAAACUCGAAGGCUGUCCAAGAUGCCCGAUGAUGUUCGGGCCGAGAUUUCCUCGUUUUUCUUAGACCGUCACGCAGUCCCAAACGAAGGUUCGAUGAAGAUCAACAAGCUUCAAAACGACUCGGCGCUUUACGUCUCCUCGGGUUUGCAGGCACGGCGCAGUGACUUGGACAUGAAUCAACAUGUAAAUAAUGUCAAGUACAUCGCCUGGAUGAUGGAGAGUGUCCCCGCCGCAUAUCUCGAGAAUCUCGAAAUCAAGAGCAUCACUCUGGAAUAUCGAAGGGAAUGCGGGCAGGCCGAUGUCGUUCAAUCUCUGACCAACCCCGAGGACAUGUCACCAGCUUCUGCGGGUUCCACUCAAAUUGUGAAUGGGACGAGGCCAGCCGAGUCCGUUGACCCCAACUUUCCGUACCUAUCAAGGUCCCCGAAUGGCGUUUCAAUGCUGCGAGCAGAUACUCCGAGGACCUUGAUUCAAGAGUCGGACCGGCUUCCUCGAUUCACACAUCUGUUGAAGCUGCAAGAAGGCUCAGCGGAGAUUGUGCGCGGAAGAACGGUUUGGAAAUCAAAACCUCGAGGCAACCACUUCCCGUCCACGCAUAGUUGACCUCUGCCUGUCACCACCAGAUUCUGAUUCUCUUGAUCCCGCAGUGUUACAUGCAGACCACAAUUCCCUCCGCAAGAUCCAGGUGUAAAAACUCUCUAUCUUCGCCAGACUAUUGCUGAUUUACAGUUUGAAUAAGAGCAUGUCAGCGUAGCGGCCUUUGCAGAUGGUGCAACAAGGACAUAUCCAUGCGGCCGAUUGCUGACAGGUCCUCCGCCCGAGGGGUUUGUUAAUUGCCAACAGUUUCAUUACUACAUGACAUACCAGGAUACUACGAUGACUCAAUCUAAGUUCUACGCCGCCAGGACUUCGUUACAGACUCGGAUAGACCUUUCGA